AUGGCUCCGAAAUUACUACUCAUUGGUAAAACCCUUGGUCCUGGACCUAAAUAUUAUCCAGAGCGAUAUAAUCGCGUAGGGAGAGUUACCACUCCUAAAUAUUCAAUUAAAUCCAGAGCAAAACCGCUGACUCAGUUUGUGGGCCCAGAUGCUAAUGCUUAUCAUCCCGAACUAUUUCCUCGAAUGAAAGAUCAGAGACCACCAUGUUAUACAAUUAAAUCAAGGAGACCACCUCUUAAAGGAUUUACAACACCGGGUCCCAAAUAUGCCCUUCCAACUACAUGA